CACGGUUUCAAUUGGGUCGUUGAGGCGACGUGAUUCCGCGCGCUCGUCGAUGAAAUGGGCCACCGCGGGACACAAUGCAUUUGCGAGAUAUGUUGCUGUGGCCGACAUAAGUGUCCACACAGACCCAAAGCUAUAGAACCAUGGGGGCCCUGCGUGAUGUCCGAAUAUACCGCCCAAUACCAUCCACAAUGUGUUGAGCCAAACAAAGUGAUUGUUCCACCUAGCAAUAUAUUUGCAAGUGGGGAUCCAAUGUCGGGGAAAACUACACACAGAAACGACUAUGUUCCACAUCCAUAUGAACGUCCAUACGUUCAAAAGCCGAUACCAUAUAAGGCUCCGUGCGGCAAGAUGGAAGACUCUACUUUGUACCGCAAUGAGUACACAGCGAAAAAUUGUGCACCCAGCCUACCGGUAAAGCCACUAGAAAGAAGGAUGUGUUCGGCAAAAUUUGACGGACAACCAACGUAUCGCUCUGACUACAGAUCCUGGGACUUGCCACCCAUGAGACCUCAGAAACCAAAGCAGGAACGUCCAAAUUUGCCAAAGUUUGAUGCUGAACCUGUUUACCGUCGUGAAUUUGUUCCAAAAUGCAUAGAAAAGCUCAAGAGUUACAAGCCAGAGAAUAGACCCACACCGGACGAGCCAUUUCGAAGUGACACAAUGUACCGUACGGAAUACGUACCAAGACAGGUAGAACCUCCAGCGCCAAUUAAGCCAGCUUUGUAUGCAAAAUCAAAAAUGCCGUUUGAAACUUUGACGACGAACCGGAAAGAUUUUACUCCCAAAGAAAUGUGUCCGAAUCGACCAUUCAAACCUCAGAAUUUGUUAUUCGCAAGCGCUGAUCCUAUGAGUAAAGCAACGACGAAUCGUACGGAUUACAAAGACUGGGGACCAAGUUAUCCUGAGCGAGGAGCUAAACCAGAAUACAAACCAUUAGAAGGUGACCAGUCGUUUGACAGUACGUAUCGCAACGACUUCAAUGAGAAACCAAUUUGUCCAGUUGUUAACGUCAAACCAUUUGAACCAAAGCGCUGCGACGCUAAAUUCGACGAUUUAACAAACUACAGACAUGAAUAUAAGCAAUGGGAAGUACCUCCACCAAAGCCCGCCAAAAAAGAUGAAUGGGCACCUUCUGAUGCGCCAUUUGAUGACUCAACAACUAAUCGGGUCAGCUAUGUUCCACACCCAUGCGUGGUUGCUCCACAACCAAUUACUCCGAAGCCUCAGUCUUGGUACAGUGGUCCAUUUGAUGAUCGCACAAACUACCGUACCGAGUACGUCCCGAAGGAGGUCUGUCCUUGCUGUCCUGCAGGAUUUCUACCGACUGAUGACGUCAGUCCCGAUGGAUAUGUGUUUGAUCAUUUUGACGAACGUGGACAUCAAAUAUACCGAAAUGUCACCGGUGACAAGAACACAUUGCCUCUCCUUCCGGUGAAGUAAUCUUCCACACAGUCUUACAAAACAGUACCAGUGGAGAGGGGAACACGCCGACCUCUCCACUAGAACAAUCAGGUAGUUUAAUUUCGGCCACGUCAUGACCACAUCAAAUGACCUUAGACGUGAGAGUAUCAUGAAGUAAACAGGUACAUUAUGAACUGACGCAUCCUCACCAUACACCUUAUUGUCUCGAAAACAUUUGGUGGAAGCAAAUUCAACUAACACUCACCUGUAGACUCUACGUGCCUUAUCAGUUUUUCCUGAUGUGAAUAAGUGGCUGUUCGCCUAAGACGUGUGCCGACUGGAUACUCCAUCUGAACUUUUUUGCCGCACUACCAAAAAGAGGAAUAUUUU